CUGAUCUGGUUGAAUUUCAAGGCAAACGGAGGAGGAUGAAGUGCACUGAAAAAGAUUGUCUAGAUCAAUUGCAGAUGGAUAAGAAUCUUACUACACUGUGUGUGAGUAGGAUGAUCGAGAAAAACAACAAUUUUUUCCUUGAAUGCAAAGAAGAAGAAAAGAAAGCGAAGAAGCGUGCACAAGAGCAAGCAGACAUGUUUUUAGAAUUCCAGGAGAAGAUGAAAAAUGAAUCUGAGAUUAACAAAAAGGAACUUUAUUCCUGGAGCAACGACCUAAUCGAUCGUGAGGCUUUUUAUGAACGCAUGAAGAAGAAAUUUAAUGAUGAGAAGCAAAAGGUUCUCUUAUGUUGACAU